AUGACAUCUCCGCUCAGUUACGAGAGCAUCCUGUCACGAUUCGACGAGCUAGUCGCCAGAAAGGCCGUCUUCUACGCUGACCGAAAGACAAUCCAGCUCGAAGAUGCCGGGUUCGUGCUCGAAUUCCACAUAAGCCCCUCGCUCUCCAAAAAGCCCCAAGAUGGCGACCCCGUCAGCGGGCACGAGGACCCGCACGCGACGCAAAAACCCGAAUGCUUCGGCCCGGGGAGCGACAUCGGCAACAGCGAUCCGGGAUUACUGCUCGCGAGGAUCCGGGGCACGCAUCUGCUUGUCGUGAACAAGUUCUGCAUGUUCCGGCCGCAGCUGCUGCUGCUGACGAGCGACUCGUAUCGGCGGCAGCGCGAGCCGCUGGAUGCGGAUGAUCUAGGGGCUGCCUGUGAGGUGCUGAGUGAACUGAGAGAGAGGUCGUUUUUUGUCAUUUAUAAUGGUGGGCCUGUUGCUGGGGCGAGUAGGCAGCAUAAGCAUCUGCAGGUGCUGCCGCGGCCGCCGAGGUUGUUUCCGGAUGAGAGGGGGUUCGAUGAAAAGAGCGUGCCGUUUCGAUACUUUUUGCGGUAUCUUGAUGGGGUUGAUAUUGGGGCUUCGGAUGGGUACGAGAAGGUGUUUGAGGCGUAUACGACUUUGUUAGUAGAGGCCAAGCGGGCACUGGGGGUAGAUUCUGAUAGCGAGGAGUACUUUCCGCAUAAUGUUGCUUUGGCCAAGGAGUGGAUUAUCGUCAUUCCCAGGCAGAGCGCCGAUUUUGAAGGGAUAACUGCGAAUGCGCCUGGGAUGCUGGGCUCGGUUUGGUUGACGAGCGAUGAGCAGUUCAAGCAGUGGAAACAGGUUGGGCCGAGAAAGGUCCUCGCUGGACUCGGGUUUCCGAACAUAUAG